AUGCUAAAGUUUCAUGGAGGAAAAAGCUUGUUUUCCAGUUAUAAAAAUAGCCAAGCAAAUAUACUAAGGAAAUAUCCCGUUGGCGCAAUAUACCAUGGAUUUGAAAUCAAACGUAUUUUACCAGUUCCUGAAUUGCAAUUGACGGCAAUAGACUUUGAACACCAAAAAACAGGCGCACACCAUUUACACAUUGAUAGAGAUGACAAUAAUAAUGUGUUAAGUGUUGCCUUUAAGACAAAUCCACCAAAUUCAACAGGUGUUCCUCACAUUUUGGAACAUACAACGCUAUGUGGAUCCGCUAAGUAUCCUGUUAGGGAUCCAUUUUUCAAAAUGUUAAACAGGUCAUUAUCUAAUUUUAUGAAUGCCAUGACUGCCCAUGAUUAUACAUUUUAUCCAUUUGCAACUACAAAUCCCAAAGAUUUUUCCAAUCUUAGAGACGUUUAUUUGGAUGCUACGUUUAAUCCAUUAUUAAAGGAAACAGAUUUUUACCAAGAAGGUUGGAGACUAGAACAUGAGGUGACUGAAGAUCGUAAGACACCCUUGGUGUUCAAAGGUGUUGUGUAUAAUGAAAUGAAGGGACAAGUCUCCAAUGCCAGCUAUUAUUUUUGGAUUAAAUUUCAAGAAGCAAUUUAUCCAUCUUUAAAUAAUUCUGGUGGCGAUCCAAGAAAAAUUACCGACUUGUAUCAUCAUGAACUAGUUGAUUUUCACCAUAAGAAUUAUCAUCCUUCUAAUUGCAAAAGUUAUACAUACGGCAAUUUCCCUGUGCAGACUACAUUAAGGGCACUGGACGAAAAAUUUGUUGUUUACGGUAAACGUGUCAAGAAAACUUCUUCCAAGGACCCAAUAUUGUUAAAACCUAUUGAUUUACCUGAAACUGGUAUAAAAGUAAAAAAAGAAGGUCAAUUAGAUCCAAUGUUACCGCCCGAUAAACAAUUGAAAAUGUCAAUUACAUGGAUAUGUGGUGAUCCUUCCAACAUAUAUGAAACUUUCUUACUAAAAAUCCUAGGAAAUUUAUUGUUUGAUGGCCAAGGUUCUCCCUUUUAUCAAAAAUUAGUAGAAAGUGGGUUGGGCUAUGAAUAUUCUGUAAACACAGGUGUAGAGUCCACUACAGCCAAUAAUUUUAUUACAAUCGGUGUCCAAGGUUGUAAUAAUGUUGAAAGAGUCAGGAAAGUUAUUUUGGAAACUUUCCAAACUUGUAUGAAACCCGAUACUAAAUAUUUAGAGUCACAUAAAAUUGAAGCAAUUGUAAAUCAAUUAGAAUUAUCUAAAAAGGAUGAGAAAGCCAAUUUUGGUUUGGGACUAUUGUAUUCUUUAUUACCUGGAUGGGUCAAUAAGACAGAUCCAUUUGAUGCCUUACUAUUUGAUGAGAUUAUUGAGCAACUAAGAAAUGAUUUCAAAGAACAUGGUGUUAAAUUAUUUCAAGAUAUUUUAACGAAAUAUGUUAUUGACAAACCUUCAUUUGAGUUUGUUAUGAAAGGCGUGGAAGAUUUUAGUGAAAAAUUAGAGCAGGAAGAACUUGGUCGUUUGAACAAAAAAAUCAUGAAAUUAGAUGAACAAGACAAAGAGGUGAUUUAUAACCGUGGUCUAUUAUUGAAAAAGAUACAAUCUGAAAAGGAGGAUUUGAGCAGUUUGCCAUCUUUGCAGAUAUCUGAUAUCUCCAAAACUGGUAGUGUUUAUCCCGUUCAUGUAUCAACUGGUAGGAAUGGCGACAAUAUUAAAGUAUAUCAUCGUAUUACGCAUACUAAUGGCAUUUCCUAUUUAAGUGCUAAAAAAUCACUAAAUACUGAUAUUCCACCAGACUUGCUUGAAUUCUUGCCAUUGUUUACUGCUUCUUUGACUAGUUUGGGAACAUCUAAAGAAGAAUUUACUGAUAUCGAGGAUAAGAUUAAGUUUCAUACGGGAGGUGUCUCCAUUGGUGUUAAUGUUCAUAGUAAUCCAAUAGACUGCAAGCCGGAACUGACAUUGAAUUUUUCGGGCUGGAGUUUGAAUAGUAAAGUUGAUCAUAUUUUUGACUUCUGGUCCAAGUUAUUAAUUGAAACAGAUUUUCACAAACAUAAAGAGAAGUUGAAAACUUUGAUUAAAUCUCUACAAUCGAACACUUCAGGUGUUGCAGAAAGUGGACAUUUGUAUGCCGGUGCUUAUGCUAGUGCCUCGUUAUCCCGAGUUAAAUCUCUUGAAGAAAAAUUAUUUUGGACUCAUCAAUCUCAAUUUAUCAACAAGAUUUCUCACUUUUUAGAUGAUGGUGUUCAAUUUGAUGCUCAGGUUGUUUCCAAAUUGAAGCUUUUGAAAAAACAUCUCAUUAACUCCAAUGGCAUUAAGUUAUUUGUCGUUACUGAUGACGAACAGCAAGUAUCUCGUGUUGCCACAGAUUUUGAAAAAUAUACAGUUGAUCGUCUAAAUGAGCACACCGUGCCAGAUGUUGGAAAAUACAAUGUUAUUGAAAACUUUCCUGUGUUACCUUCAAAGAAAAAAACUUUAAUCAAUUUCCCCUUCCAAGUGCAUUAUGUUGCAAGAGCAUUGCCUGGUGUUCCAUAUAUCCACAAAGAUGGUCCAAAAUUACAAGUUUUGUCAAAAUUAUUAACCUUUAAAUACUUACACAGAGAAAUUAGAGAAAAAGGUGGUGCAUAUGGUGGUGGUGCUACAUAUAGUGGAUUGGAUGGUAUUUUUAGUUUUUACUCUUACAGGGAUCCACAUCCAAUAAGAUCUUUAGAAAUUUUUGAAAAUUGUAACAUUGAAAGUUUCAAAUGGACUGAGCAAGAUCUAAAUGAAGCCAAACUAACCAUUUUUCAGAGUAUUGAUGCACCAACUGCUCCUAAAGCGGAGGGUUCUACAUUUUUUAAUUAUGGUGUUACUGAUGAGAUGAAGCAACAAAGAAGAGAUCGCUUGUUAGAUGUUAAGUUAGCUGAUGUAUUUGAAGUUGGGAGAAAUUAUUUGAGUAACGCUGCUUUGGUUUCUGAAGCUGUAGUAGGGCCUAGAGGAACAGAAAAAGAGUUUAAUGAUGAUAAAAAAUGGGAUAUAGUGGAACCAUAUUAA